AUGGACUUUGGUUUGAAAAAGAAAAUCAGAAAAAUCAAAAGGCCGUUUCUCUCCUUCAUAUCACCUCCCCAAAUUAGAUCAGAUACCAACCAAAGCUUCCAUCUUUAUCACUCUCCCUGCUUCUACCGCUCAGUUCCAACCUCGCCGGAAAACCCAAGUUGGUCCCAAUGUACAGUGGUGGGUCCAGUGACGGCGAAAGCCAUGACGCCACCGCGCAGAGGAAGAUCCCACCUCCUUCGUCUAUGUUGUGGGUCCGCAACCUCCGCCGCUACAUCGGAUCCGGCGCCGGACUCGGAUCUGAGGCUCUAAUGGAGCUUGAAACAAAGAGGAUCUUGCUUGACAUUUUCAAAGAAAAGCAACAAAAAAGUGCUGAAGCUGCCGCAAUCCCAAGUUUCUAUAAAAAGAAACCUGAAGAAGGAUCUAUUAGUCAAAGGGUCCAGAGGCUCGCAAAAUACCGGUUUUUAAAGAAGCAAUCUGAUCUUUUGCUAAAUGCUGAUGAUCUAGAUUCCAUGUGGGUUUGCUUAAGGGAAAAUUGUGUGAUUGAUGAUGCAACUGGUGCAGAAAAGAUGAAUUAUGAAGACUUCUGCCACAUUGCCUCUGUAUGUACAGAUCAGAUAGGACCCAAAUGUCGUCGCUUUUUCAGCCCUUCAAAUUUCAUGAAGUUUGAGAAAGAUGAACAAGGAAGAAUUGCCAUUCUUCCCUUCUAUCUAUAUGUGAUGAGAACAGUUUCACUGACACAAGCUAGAAUUGACAUGAGUGAGCUUGAUGAGGAUUCCGAUGGUUUCCUGCAGCGACAUGAAAUGGAAGCAUAUAUACGAGGUCUCAUACCUAAUCUGGCGCAACUAAGGGACAUGCCUGCAGGAUUUCUUAACAUGUAUUGCCGCAUAGCUGCACAGAAGUUCUUCUUCUUUUGUGACCCUCAUAGACGAGGAAAAGCCUGCAUAAAGAAGGUGUUACUGAGUAAUUGUCUCCAGGAAUUAAUGGAACUACACCAGGAAAGUGAGGAAGAAGUCACUGACAAUGAGCAAGCAGAAAACUGGUUCUCCAUGACAUCUGCCCAGCGAAUAUGUGAUGUGUUCCUUGGCCUUGAUACAGAUAAUAAUGGAUCUCUAAGCAAGCAAGAACUUCGAGAAUAUGCAGAUGGGACAUUGACUGAAAUCAUCAUUGAAAGAGUGUUUGAUGAGCAUUGUCGCCGCGGGAAAAUUGGUGGAGCAAAUUCUAGGGAAAUGGACUUUGAGAGUUUUCUGGACUUUGUCCUGGCCUUAGAAAACAAAGACACUCCAGAAGGGCUAACAUAUUUGUUUCGAUGCCUUGAUCUUCACGGAAGGGGUUACCUUACAACAGCUGAUAUACACUCUCUUUUCAGGGAUGUGCAUCAAAAAUGGAUUGAGGGUGGAAACUAUGAGUUGUGUAUUGAGGAUGUAAGGGAUGAAAUCUGGGAUAUGGUUAAGCCGGCCGAUCCUCUAAGAAUAACAUUGGCGGAUCUUCUUGCGUGCAAACAGGGGGGUACUGUAGCCAGCAUGCUCAUAGAUGUGCGUGGCUUUUGGGCACAUGACAAUAGGGAAAAUCUACUCCAAGAAGAGGAGGAACCCGAAGAAGAAGCAUAAAUACUCAUUGAGUAGAACGUCUGUCUACUAACAAACGCAGACAUUCUGUUUUAACUUGAAGAACUGCUUUUUUUUUUGAAGGUAUGUGUAUGCCAAUACAACAUGUAAUCUAGUAUUGUAGAAUUGUGUAUGCUAAUGUGACAUGCAAAUAGUAUAGUGAAUUGUUGAGUGGAAAGCUCAGACCUAUCAAUGGAUGGCAUUCACUGUUCUCUUUGAGAGCAUGUUUAGAAAACUCAGUGUCACCAGAUCUAUUAUAGCUUUUGAUUACAUGUCUCCUAAUUACAAGACUGAUACUC